AAUGUCAAGGUUACAUAUCUCUGUGUUUGGUGUCAAAGUUCGCACCGGGUCAAACACUUGCGUUCCAGUAACUGCUUCAUCGAGCAGCACUGUGGUGUGUGCAUCAUGUAUUCACAAUACAGUCGUGCCGUGUCUAAACAACAAGACAUGCCUUCGAGUUCUGAUCAGAUCAGUUUCUACAUCAAUGGAGAGAAACACAGUGUUUCCCAAAAGCUUUCUCUCACUACAUCUCUGAAUGAGUACCUGAGAGAGGUAGCAGGUCUAAAAGGCACCAAGGUCAUGUGCCGAGAGGCAGGCUGUGGUUGUUGCUCUGUCGCUGUGAGCCACCUUCUGCCAGACUCGGACAAACUUCAGACAUACAGUGUCCAAUCAUGCCUGACUCCCUUGUACGCAGUUGAUGGCUGGCAGAUUAGCACAGUGGAAGGGAUAGGCAGUCAGAAAGUUGGCUUUCAUCCUAUACAAGAGAGAAUAGCAAAGUUUAAUGGAACCCAGUGUGGCUACUGCACUCCAGGCAUGGUGAUGAAUAUGUAUGGCCUUCUUCAUCAAAACCCCAACAUCACAGCUCAAGAGAUUGAAGACAAUUUUGAUGGGAACAUUUGUCGAUGUACUGGCUACAGAUCUAUUUUGGAUGCCAUGAAAUCUUUCUCCACUGAUGGAAAUAUUCCAGGAGCAAAGUCAAUUGAUAUAGAGGAUUUGAACAAACAUUUGUGCCCUAGAACUGGAGAGCCCUGCACUGGUCAUCAGGAAGAGAAAGGUGGUAAAAGAAGUCUGGAUAUUGAGGUCAAUGGAAACAGAUGGUACAGGCCAACAAGUUUGAAAGAUUUAGGAAAAUUAUUGAAGGAUAAUGUCAACAAGAAAGUCAAAAUGAUAUUUGGCAAUACUUCAACUGGAAUAUUCAAAAAUGAGGAGCUCUCUGAUAUCUACAUUGAUUUACAUCGAGUUGAAGAAAUAUACUGCUACCAGUUAAGUGAUGCUGGAGUGACAUUUGGUGCUGCCACUUCCCUCACCAACCUUAUGAACAAACUGAAAGCUGAUCAAGACAAAGCUGGAUUCCAAUAUUUCUCAGCAGUUGUCAGACACCUCAAGUUUAUUGCCAAUGUCAUGGUCAGAAAUGCUGGUUCUAUUGCUGGCAAUUUAAUGAUCAAGCAUAAACAUCCAGACUUCCCCUCUGACAUAUUUACUGUGUUUGAAGCAUUGGGAGCAAAAGUAGAUAUUUAUGAUGCAGACACAUCAACAACAGCAACAUACACAAUGUUGGACUUCCUGAGAAAGGUCAACAUGACUGGAAAGGUCAUAGUUGCUGUUCAGUUGCCCAAACUGGCAGAAAAUGAAGUUUUCAGAUCAUUUAAAAUAACUCCAAGAUGGCAAAAUGCUCAUGCUUAUGUGAAUGCUGCUUUCCGUCUGCCAGCAGUUGGGCUUGACAUCAAGGGGAGACCAUCUUUGGUUUAUGGUGGAAUUAAUGCUGAUACUGAGCAUGCACUAAAGACUGAAGAGUUUCUAACCAACAAAACAUUAUCUGAUGCUGUUGUUCAAGAGGCACUAAACAUACUGUCCAGUGAACUGAAUCCAGAAUUUGAUCUAGUACUGGCUUCUCCAAAAUAUAGGAAAGACUUAUCCAUAGCAUUGCUCUAUAAGGUUUUAUUGGGAAUAUACAAUCCCAAUAAUCCCAAACUAAGGUCAGGACCAGAGAACAUUCAUCGUCCGAUCUCAUCAGGUUUGCAAACAUACCAAGAAAUUAAGACUGAGCUCCCUUUAAAACAGGCAAUGCCUAAAAUAACAGCACCAUUACAGGCAUCUGGGGAGGCUGUAUUCAUCAAUGACAUGCCAGCUUUCAAGAAUGAAUUACAUGCUGCCUUUGUUUUGUCUGAUGUUGGUCCAGCUACAUUAGUCUCCAUUGAUGCUUCAGAGGCACUGACUAUGCCAGGUGUUGUUGCAUUUUACUCUGCUAAAGAUAUUCCUGCAGGGGGAGUUAAUGAUUACUUGCCUUCAGGCUCAGGAUUUGACUUCAAGUCUGAAGAGUUAUUUGCCUCAAAGGAAAUAUAUUUUGCUGGACAGUCAAUUGGUUUGAUUGUUGCAGAAACUCAAGUGCAGGCCUUUGCUGCAGUAAAGAAAGUGAAAGCUACUUACACUGACCUAUGUAAACCUGUCUUAAGUCUGGAUGACAGCUUGUCUUCGAACUAUAAGUUUGAUGUUAAAGUACCAGAUGUACGUUUGGGUGACCCAGAAAAUGCUUUCAAGACAGUUGACAAAAUAGUUGAAGGUGAAUGUAGAAUGGGAACCCAGUAUCAUUUCUUUUUGGAAACACAUGUUUCAUUGGCAGUUCCCUCUGAGGAUGGCAUUGACCUUUACGCAGCCACACAGUUUGGUGACAUGAACCAACAUGCUGCUGCUAACGUCAUUGGAAAGCCUAUGAAUUAUGUCAAUGUGACUGUGCCUCGUCUUGGUGGAGGUUUUGGUGGCAAGGCUUGGGACUCAUGUUCAACAUCCACUGCCUGUACACUUGCGGCUUAUCUCACUGGAAGGCCAGUGCGCAUUGCUCUUGAUCUCUCAACUAAUAUGAGACUUUGUGGUAAAAGACCAAACAUUAUUGCUAAAUAUAAGGCUGGAUUUAGUAAUGAUGGCAAUGUUCAGGUCAUUGAUAUGGAUUUUUAUGGAGAAAUUGGGCACAAUGAAGCCAGAGUGUAUGAUUUGGUCUAUAUAACAAAAGGCUUGGACAUGUGUUAUCAUGUGCCUAAUUGGCAUGUGCGGUUGCAUCCUAUGAAAACAGACAAGCAAAAUGUAUCCCCAGUCAGAGCUCCAGGUUCAGUACCAGCUUCAUUUAUCAUUGAAACUAUAAUGGAACAUGUGGCUAAAGCAGUAGACAGGCAUCCCAUCCUUGUGAAGGAACUCAAUCUGUAUGAGAGAGAUCAGACUGACUUGAACAAUGUUGAGCUGACUCAGUGCACUAUUAGAGACUUGUGGCGACGUCUUAAAGACACUGCUGAGGUGGAAGGAAGAAUGAGAAUAGUGGAUGCUUUCAAUCAGGAAAAUCUUUGGAAAAAAAGGGGCAUAACUAUGACUACAUGCAAGUAUGGAAUGAACUGUUUUGGCACUGGACAAGCAGCUAAUGUUUCCAUCUAUGGAAGGGAUGGCACUGUGGUCAUUUGUCAAGGAGGUGUAGAGAUGGGUCAAGGCCUGUAUACAAAGGUGAUUCAAGGUGUGGCACAUAUCUUAGGUGUACCUAUUGACCAGAUCAAAGUCAGACCGAAUCAGAAUAUUGUUACACCAAACAAUAAUAUAUCUGGAGGUAGUGUGGCUAGUGAAAUGGCCAUGCAGUCUGCCAUUGAAGCAAGUAAUAUACUGAAAGAAAAAAUGCGGCCAAUCAGAGAGAAGUUUCCAGAUGCCAGUUGGAAAGAGUUGUGUGCAAAAUGUGUACAAAACAGAAUAGAUCUGAAUGCACACCACAGUUACACUUUGCCAGUUGGUAGUAAAAUUCUGCAAUACUUUACCUACUGCGCUGCUGUGAUAGAAACUGAAGUGGAUGUCCUAACUGGCGAGUCUCAGAUCAGAAGAGUUGAUUUAAUGGCUGAUUUUGGGGAAAGCCUCAACCCAACUAUUGACAUUGGUCAAGCUGAAGGAGCUUUUGUCAUGGGCCUAGGAUAUUAUUUGUCUGAAGACAUUAUAUUUGAUGGACAAACUGGCAGGAUUCUAAAUGAUGGGACAUGGGAGUACAAACCACCUACCACUAAAGACAUUCCCAUAGACUGGAGAGUCUAUCUUUUGCCAGACACACCCAAUCCUUCUGGCAUCCGAAGCUCAAAAGCUGUAGGUGAGCCAACCAUCUCAUUAGCUGUUGGUGCUCUUUUGGCCAAUAAACUGGCAGUGCAUUCAGCCCGCAAAGAUCUUUUUGGCGCAAAUGACUACAUUCCAUCUGUUUCUCCCUACACUGUGGAAAGAGUUCAACAAAGUGUUGGCCUUACAGCAGACAAGUUGACCUUCUAGGGUUCUCAAGGCCACUGGCUUGUUCUCUUGAUAUUUGCAACUCACUGACUAUGUUGUUAACUACAAAUUUUAUGGUUGUAAAUGUCUCAAUGCUCAUAGUGACUAGGUAUACAUUGAUAUUGGAAUUUUGCAAAUCUUGCAAUGUUUUUCUUUUUAGGAGGAAAUCCAUGGUUAAAUUUUUUUCUUUAAAAAUAGAAGAAAUAUAGUUCUAUGUGAAUAUAUAUAUUGUUAUUAUUAGGGUUCAAUAUUGCUCACCAAUCUGAUUCAUGCUUACUCGUGAUACACUCUUCAUGGGAUGCAGAAUCCAUAAACUGAGUUAAAUUUUAAUGAAAUUAUAAUCCAGUGAAGUAAAUAGCUAAAAACAAUAAUCCUCAGAAGUCACAAAAUAAAUUGCAAUCUCUGAUGAAUGUGUCUCACCCUCACUUUUUCCAGUCAUCCUCAAUACACAAAAAAUCUGCUACACUGUUGAAUAACUUUGCUCUCUCUCUUGCUACCUCACAUGUCCCUAAACAGACAAGUUUUGAAAAAGCAAAGUGAUGUCCUUAUUUGGACCAGUCAGCACUCAGUUAAGUGAGAGGGAAGUUUUUACAAUGAUUUCAGAAUGUUAAUCAAGUGGAUGGAUUGUUAUGCAAUCAAUGUCUUAGCAAUCUGUUUAUAAAAGAAAUAACCUUAACAAACAUUUAGAUAAAUAUGUUUCUAUCUCCAUAAGAAAAGUGCUUGGGUAUUUCACAAACUAGGUAUGUAGCAUAUUUUUAUUUCUCCCAAAGAAAAGGGCUUGACUAACUGGGUCUGGAAACAAUUGCAAACAAUUGUUGGAGUUACAGCUAUUUUAGUUAACUAUGGUAGCAACUGUUCAUAGUGUUUCAGCUUUCAGUGUGACUUCUCUACAAUAAAAUGUUCCAUGAAAAGAAUGGGCUCAUUGACAUAAGAUGUUUUAUAGAUUCAUGGCAUUGUUGUUACAAUCUUUUUUGUGUGUAAUUUUUUUGUUUAUUUUAUUAUUAUUGAAGAGAGAAAAAUAUUUUUUUAAUAUUUCAUAUAAUCUAAAUCAUUUUAAUGUGCUAAAAUUUGUAAUUUAGUUUGCUAAAUUGUUGAUUGCUCAAUUUUUUUUAUAAGUUUUCUAUUCCUUUUUUUUUAAUUUAUAUUUGAUUUUUUUCAUUUGAGUUAAUUAAUUUGUUGUACUCUAACUAUGCACCCUAAUUAAUUUUAUUUUAUAAAGUCUGUGCCAUAAAUAAUCUUAUUAUGUAUUAGUACUGAAUAGGCCUAAGUCUGAGGAUAAAGACUAAGUGCAAAUGCCAUGUAUAUUAGAAGUAGUUUUAAAACAUUUGCAUAUCUUUCAUUUUUUAUUUUAAAAGAUCUGUUUUUAAGCUUUGCUUUUUUUUUAUUAAAGAUUUUUCUCAUUUUCUUAAUAAUUUUAUCUCAAAAUCUGGGUUUAAAAAUAUGCAAGAAAUUAAAAUAGCUCCAGGAGUUCACUUAUAAGUUUUCAUCUGAAGUGCCAUCAGUUUACACUUGUUACACAUUAUUUUAAUUGCUGGUACAUAGUUACUAUCAAAAUUAAAAGUUUAGUCAUGAAAAAAAAAUGCUCAAACUUAACCACACGGGUAAGCAUCCCCUGCAAAUUUAAAAGUCCAAUUCAAUUAGCUCCUGGCAGUUGAGCUGUAAAGUGUAAAAGUUUCUCACUAGCUUUUUAGUUAUAAAAUCAAUGAUGUUUUACAUGAUCCUGAAUCAAACAUUGAAAACAUAUUUAAAACUCUAUUAGUCUGAACUGUGAUUGUUUCGUAUCCAGUAGUCCUUAUUUUUAUUUUAGCUUGAAGAAUACAAUUUUUUAAAGGAAACUUUUA